AUGGUGCACUCUAAAGUAGUCAUUAUUGGCUCCGGCCCUGGUGCGCACACCGCCGCCAUCUACCUUUCCCGCGCCGAGCUCCAGCCCGUCCUCUACGAGGGCAUGCUCGCCAACGGCACCGCCGCCGGCGGCCAGCUCACGACGACCACUGACGUCGAGAACUUCCCCGGAUUCCCCAAGGGCAUCGGCGGCGCCGAACUGAUGGACAACAUGCGCGCCCAGUCCGAGCGCUUCGGCACCGAGAUCAUCACGGAGACCAUCUCCAAGCUGGACCUCUCGCAACGGCCCUUCAAGAUGUGGACUGAGUGGAGCGAUGGCCCCAAUGACGCACCCGCCCGCACCGCCGACGCCGUCAUCAUCGCCACAGGCGCCAACGCCCGCCGCCUGAACCUGCCCGGCGAGGAGACCUACUGGCAGAACGGAAUCAGCGCCUGUGCUGUCUGCGAUGGCGCUGUGCCCAUCUUCCGUAACAAGCCCCUGUACGUUAUCGGUGGUGGUGACUCCGCCGCUGAGGAGGCCAUGUUCCUGGCCAAGUACGGUAGCAACGUGACCGUCCUCGUCCGCAAGGACAAGCUCCGUGCUUCCAAGGUUAUGGCUGAGCGCCUGCUUGCUCACCCCAAGUGUACUGUUCGCUUCAACACCGUUGCCACUGAGGUCCUCGGUGAGAACAAGCCUAACGGCCUCAUGACCCACCUCCGUGUUAAGGACGUCGUCUCGAACAAGGAGGAGGUCGUUGAUGCUAAUGGUUUGUUCUACGCCGUUGGCCACGACCCCGCCAACGCCCUUGUUAAGGGCCAGCUCAACCUCGACGAGGAUGGAUACGUUGUCACCCAGCCCGGCACCAGCUUCACCAGCGUGGAGGGUGUCUUCGCUUGCGGUGAUGUCCAGGACAAGCGUUACCGCCAGGCCAUCACCAGUGCCGGAUCCGGCUGUGUCGCCGCUCUGGAAGCCGAGAAGUUCCUCUCGGAGACCGAGACUCACGCCCCCGCCGUGGAGACCAAGGCCCCCGCCGAUGCUCCCGCCGAGUACAAGUCCAACCCUCUGCUUUAA